CUUGACUAUUUAUUUACGUCGUACUCUCCUUGUCAACCUGACAGUUCGAUCCCAGCCAAACCAAAAUAUUCCUUCCUUUCACUUUUCUACAUUUAAAAAUAAUCAAACGUCGCAUUUCUUCUAUUUUGCUCGUACCAUGUAGUACCCCAAGCACCACCGCGAUGAUUAUAACGCGUGUCGUGCAAAACCCAACCGUCCAGAGCCUGUUUCGCAGACUGUCCUUGUCACAUGCAGAUUUGCAUAAUAUUUCAAACAACUUUCAAGCGACCGCUUCCACACUCCCCAGAUUACGCGACCACGAGAAAAAACCAACUUUGAAGCCACUUCUUAGGUCAAUGUCAUUGGGCCCAAACCUCGCUCGAACAAUGUCAACUUCGACCAAAACAAAUCGACUGGCAUUGGAAAAAUCUCCGUAUUUGCUACAACAUGCCACUAACCCCGUCGAUUGGUAUCCCUGGGGCCAGGAGGCCUUCGAUCGCGCAAAAAAGGAAAACAAACUCAUUUUCCUCUCAGUUGGCUACUCCACUUGCCACUGGUGUCACGUGAUGGAGAAAGAGUCGUUUGAAGAUGAAGAGGUGGCAAAAAUCAUGAACCAACACUUUAUCAAUGUUAAAGUGGACCGCGAGGAGCGUCCUGACGUUGAUAAACUCUACAUGGCGUUUAUUCAGGCUAGUGUUGGGGGUGGGGGCUGGCCAAUGUCUGUGUUCCUCACCCCAACACUUGAGCCCUUAGCUGGUGGUACGUACUUCCCCCCUGAGGAUAAGUACGGACGACCUGGCUUUAAAACCGUGUUGAAAUCAAUCGCCGAGCAAUGGCGGACCAAACAGUCGGCCAUUGCCAACUCGGGGAAGUACUCAUUAGAGGUGUUACGUAAAGUGAGCGAGCGGGAAAUUUCCGCCAAACAGGAUAUUAACGUUCCGGGUGAGGACGUUUGGAAGAAGUGUCUUCUCCAAUUGUCACACUCUUACGAGGAUGAUUUUGGGGGAUUUUCAGCACAACCGAAAUUCCCCCAACCGUGUAACUUGAAUUUUUUGUUUCACAUGUAUUCGAGAGAUAAACACUCAGAACAGGGGUUUAGGUGCCUCCAUAUGUGUUUGAACACACUGAGAAAAAUGGCAUAUGGUGGUAUACAUGAUCAUGUUAAUUGUGGGUUUGCCAGAUAUUCGGUUGAUGACCGUUGGCAUGUCCCACAUUUCGAAAAAAUGCUUUACGAUCAAGCACAAUUGGCGGUUUCUUACGCCGAUGCGUUUGUUGUUACCAAAGACGAUUUCUUUGCUGAGGUCCUCAGAGACAUCCUCUUGUAUGUCUCGAGGGAUUUGAGUCACCCUUUAGGCGGGUUCUAUGGGGCUGAAGAUGCCGAUUCCUACCCUUAUGAAGGGGCUUCCCAUAAACGCGAAGGUGCGUUUUGUGUUUGGGAGUUUGAAGAAAUCUCAAAACUUCUCGGAGAAACUAAAACCGACGAUAUAUCUCAUCGUGAUUUGUUCAUCUAUCAUUACAAUGUCAAAGAAGAUGGUAAUGUUAACCCAGCGCAAGACCCGCAUCAUGAAUUGGAAAAAAAGAACAUUUUGGUUUGUUUCGGGUCGUUUGAAGACACGUCAAGAAAGUUUAAGACGUCGGUGGAAACCGUUAAAGAGAUUUUGAAAAGUUGCCACGAAAUUUUGUACAAGGAGAGACAAAAAAGGCCAAAACCGCACGUUGAUACUAAGAUUGUAACGUCCUGGAACGGGUUAAUGAUCUCCGGGUUUGCUAAAGCUGGGUUUGUUCUUAAAGAUCAAGAGUAUAUAAAUCGGGCCAUCCUGGCGGCCACUUUCAUUAAAAAGUUUCUCUACAAUGAGCAAGAUAAGACACUGUUGCGGUGUUGCUAUAAGGGAGACAACGCCAAAAUCGUCCAAACACCAACCCCUGUCAACGGUUUUUUGGACGACUACGCCUUCUUGAUUCGGGGCCUUCUCGAUUUAUACGAGGCAUCUCUCGAUGCUGAUUGGUUAUCGUGGGCGGAAGUGUUGCAAGAGCAACAAGAUCGCCUCUUUUGGGACACUAAAGGUUCCGGUUAUUUCACAAGUCCUGCAAACGACUCGAGUAUAUUGAUUCGGGGCAAGGAAGAUCAAGACGGUGCUGAGCCCUGUGGCAACUCGAUUGCCGUUCACAAUUUAAUCCGACUCGCCGCCUACUUGGACCGGGCGGAUUUGAGGGCAAAGGCCGGUCGGACGUUGACAGUCUUUGCCGAUCGGUUAAAAUCGAUUCCGGUGGCUUUGCCUGAAAUGACUUCGGCUUUGCUCUUUUAUCAUAAUUCGCCGACACAGGUUUUUAUAGCCGGACCGACGGAGGAUAACAACACUCAGGCUUUGAUUGACGUGGUCAGGUCUAGGUUUAUACCUGGGAGGAUUUUGGCGGUGACUGAUGGACCAGGAGGAUUGUUGUACCGCCGGCAUGAAUCCUUGGCUAGGCUUCGGCCGAUUCAAGGCAAACCUGCGGCGUAUGUUUGCCGAAAUUUCGCGUGUUCGUUACCGGUUACCGAACCGGAGGAAUUGGCCAGUAACCUGGACGGGAAUUUGGCCGAAAAUCCCGACGAAUAAAUUUUCAGUUUGUUAUAUACUGUUAUUAAAUAAAAAAGCGACCUGUAUUGGCAGAAAACCCCUAGUCAUAAGUUUUCCGAUGUGUGAUAAUUGUAAAUGCGGAUGUGAUACAAGGUUGUUUGAGUGAAUUUGUGACUAUUGUAAAUAUUUUCUUUAAAAUAAAUUGGCAAUUGAAGA